UUUGAAGUUAAGUGAAAAUGAUCGUUCGGUUUUUAUUAUGUUUGUAUAUCGUAGAAUUUUACGGCGCUCAUGUACAGGCUAGAACUGAUCAAGAAAUCAAAGCAUGGUUUUUCCGUGAAGGCAUGGACUGUAACAUUGAACAUCCUAUAUCACCAAAAGAGAUGCUGGAGCUAAAGGAAAAUAAAAUACCUGAUACAAACAACGCUAAAUGUUUCGUCGCCUGCGUUUUCAAGAAAACUGGUAUGCUAGACAGCAAGGGCAUGUUUGAUGCAGAAAACUCAAUAGCAAUGACACAAAAAGAUUUCGCUAAUGACCCGAACAGACUAGAAAGUUCCAAGAAACUUCUGGAAGCCUGCAAGAAAGUGAACGACGAAGCUGUAUCCGACGGUGAAAAGGGAUGUGAACGAUCAGUCCUUUUACAUAAAUGUUUUGUUGAAACUGCGCCUCAGGUAAAGUAUAACAGUAUUUUUUUAAAUAUUAAUUAGGUACUAUGUAAGACUAACUUUUUUAAAGUUGUGAAUAUGUAGAAUAGAAUAGAUCUAUCAAAUAGAAACACGGCUUUUGUUAUGCCAUCAUGGAAAACCAAACCAAGACCAAACUACUGGCAUUUCGGUACUAAUGUUGUUUACCUUUUG